AUGGAGCAAAUAUUGGAUUUAACCGCAUGUGAUACAAAUUUGGACUCGACAGCUUACAGUUCUAUUCAUUCAAAUUUGGAGACCUUGUCGCGAAAAAAAUUCCAAAAAUCCAACCAGAGAGUAUCGGAAUGGCAAAUUACUAAUGUCGUUAAAUCAGAGAACACAGAUAUUGCCAAGUCUUUCUUUCAAGCAACACCCAUGAAAAAUGAUUUGCUUGAUGAUAACAUUCUUAUAAGUUUGGACAAUUUAGACAAUGUGACCUCAUCUUCAUUUGAAGAGCUUAUUAUGUUGAUUUACUUUGCUAUCAUCAGCUAUUUGGCUCACAUUCAAGGUUCGUUCCAUAAUCAUUCGUCGGACCCACCUGAUUCAGAAUGGUUUUACUCAGUUGUCGACUUUGAGCAUGUGUGUAAUGGUUGCAUUCCACCACCAUGGGGGAUUUCAUUUUCUUUCUUUCGUAAACAAAUCACUCUCUCUACUCACCCUCUUUCUGUCUUUCCAGAUUUUACUCUUUCCUCAUUCGCAUUCUUUCUUUUCCUUUCUUUUAAUUAUCUCCAUUUUCCAGUUUGUACUUCUUUAUUUUAUCUAUAUAACGUUCUUUCAUUAACACAUUCUCUCUUUACAGUAUUUUUCAUUCUUCUUUGCAUACAACGAACGUUGAUUUCUUUUUUUAUUAUCCACCUUCUCAGGCGCACGCGCGCGCACACACACACAGACAAAAAGACAACAUUUUUUUGUCUUCUCCGUUUUGGGCGUAUGGCGUCGAGUAAUAUCUACUCAGUCAGACUUCCAGAUUUUUACGGUAUUAUGACGUCUGUCGCAACUGGGUGCCUAUCUCCGUCUAUUUUACACUUAGCAUGUACUUGGGCGCUUGUCGUGGUGCAUUAUGAUCUAUCUAUCUAUCUAUCUAUCUAUCUAUCUAUCUUAGUUCAUCUCUUCCCUAAUCUAUCUAUCUAUCUAUCUAUCUAUCUAUCUAUCUAUCUAUCUAUCUAUCUCAUCUCUGUUCAUCUCUUUCCUUAUCUAUCUUAA